GCUGUAACUAAAAUUCCAAGGUUUAACUGUAUGAUAUACAUCAAGGAUUAGUUAGUGUGGGUGAUCAGAAAUAAAUUUUAUCAUGUUUAUUAAUAAUUCUUCAAGUUCUGAAUGAAAGUGGACUUUGUUUCUGUUUGGAAACAGGCUUAGUGAUGAAUCUUAUUGUGAUAUAAGACAGAGUUGGAAGAAACAGGUAUUUACUUCAGAUCUUGCUGUUAUAUACGUUGGAUUGCUAAUUUCUUCAAUUGGUCGGAAUAUUAUUUAAAUCAAACAGAUUUCAGAAAUGUUGGAACCAUACUCAGUUGAAGUUGUAUGGAUUGUGGUCGUUGGAUUCCUUGUAGCUUUUAUAUUGGCUUUCGGAGUUGGAGCCAAUGAUGUUGCUAACUCUUUUGGGACCUCUGUUGGUGCUAAAGUACUUACACUGCGGCAAGCAUGCAUUUUGGCAACAAUAUUUGAAGUUUUGGGAGCUGUACUUAUAGGAUCAAAAGUUUCAGACACCGUGAGAAAAGGCAUUUUUGAUGUAAAAAUAUACGAUAAUCAAGAGAGGGAACUUAUGCUUGCUAGUCUUGCAGCCUUAACAGGAAGUGCAGCAUGGAACAUUCUUGCAACAUUUUUACGUCUUCCGAUAUCGGGCACACACAGCAUUGUUGGAGCAAUAUUAGGAUUUUCUUUAGUUUCUAAAGGAGUUGCUGGGAUCAGAUGGAAAACUAUGGGAACAAUUGUGGCAUCAUGGUUUAUUUCACCUAUUAUGUCAGGAAUUGUGUCUUCACUUAUAUUUUUGAGUAUCAGGCAUUUUAUCUUGAAAAAGAAAAAUCCUCUUGAACCAGGUCUGAGAUCAUUACCAAUUUUCUAUGGUACCACUAUCUUGAUUAAUAUAUUUUCCGUUGUUCACGAUGGACCCGAAAUGCUGAAGUUUAAUGUUGUCCCUUGGUGGGGUGCAUUAAUCAUAGCAGUAGGUCUUGGACUUAUAGUUGGGAUCAUUGUCUUUACGGUUGUUGUACCACAUCAACGUAAAGUAAUACUAGAAGGUAUGAAAGAACAAUCAGAUAUUUCUAAUGAUAUAGAAAAUGAAGCACAUGAUUUCCAAUUAGAAAACCUGAAAGCAAAUAAUUGUGAAUGUAUAACUUAUAAACAAAAUGAAAUUAACAACAUUCAUAAUAAAGAGAAGGACCAUAUUCUAGAGAAUGGUGAUUGUAAAGCAAAUGGCAUAGAGAAGGUUAUAAUUCCAAGUAACAAAGAUUACAUACCACUUUCUAAACAAACAACUAUAUCAACACCAAAUGAUUCAGAUGGCUAUGCUUCUACUAAUUCAAGUAAUUCUUUGGUUCAAGGAAAAACUGAAAUUACAUUUAUUAAAAUGUCUGAUGACCAACAGAGUAUGACACUUCCAUUAGAAUCGAAAUCCGAAGAAGACAAACCUGAAGUUUCCAAAUUAUUCUCUCUUUUACAAAUAUUAACGGCAGUAUUUGGUUCAUUUGCUCACGGAGGCAAUGACGUUAGUAACGCAGUGGGGCCAGUUGUAGCCAUCUGGAUGAUUUAUGCUGAAGGAGAAGUUCAUCAGAAAUCGUCAACACCUAUUCUUAUUUUACUAUAUGGUGGUAUAGGUAUUAGUAUUGGACUCUGGGUGUGGGGAAGAAGAGUUAUUAAAACUUUAGGAGAAGAUUUAACUAAAAUUACACCUUCUAGUGGCUUUACCAUUGAAAUUGGAGCAGCAACAACAGUACUUUUAGCAUCGAAAAUUGGGUUGCCAGUUAGCUCAACACACUGUAAAGUGGGCUCCAUUGUGUUUGUCGGAUGGAUUCGUUCGAAACAAGGAGUAGAUUGGCGCUUAUUUGGCAACAUAAUUCUCGCUUGGGUGCUAACAUUACCAGUAACGUGUGGAUUGUCCGCUGCCGUAAUGGCUAUCCUUUAUGCAGUUGCUUGCUGAUAUCUGUGAUCUAUUUUGAAUAUGUAAAAUAUUAGUAUAAACAUUUUAUCAAGUAUAUAUAUAUACAUAUAAAUAAUUUCUGUAUAUGAAACUUCAUAGGCUUAUAUGUUGAGAGAUGCAGAAGAUAUUUCCAUUACGUACGAUCCACGUAUAAUGCAUAUCAUCUCCGAAAAAUGCUAUUUGUAUUUUUUUUUAAUAUAAUCUCAAAUUAAAGCAGGAUCUGAAGCAAAAUUUUUAAGUUUUAGAAAAUAUUAUUUAUUGAUUUUUGUUAUUGCAAGAAGAGUCAAAUGAAAAUUUUUCAUAGUUUCAUCAUAGUAAUAUUUUUAAUAUGAUCUUAAUCAUGUAUCAUAUUGAUUAAAACUAUAUGUAGAUAUAGAUCUCAUUUUUAUCGUUAAAAUUGAUAAUGAAAAUCUUAAAGUUCCUGAUUAAUCAUAAAUAUGAAAAUGUAGGAGUUAUUUUGGCACAAUAUAAGUAUUUUGAAUAGAUUCUGGUUGAAGAAUCUCACCUUUUGCUGGAAAGAUACAAUCACUCAUCAACCAUUUAUAGCAGCAAAAAUGUUUAUUAAACAUUAAACUAAUGUUUUUGGUCAUAUUUAAUGACCUCCUUAAGGUUUGUUAUUCAAAAAGCAAACAUUUUACAAAAGCUAACAGAGAAUAGAACAAAAAAACCUGGGACUGCCAAACACAAGAUACGGUAGAGUAUCGAUUAUCCGAAUACCAAUCAACCAAAACAUCGGUUAACUGAAAGUGUUCCAGUAGGCAAAUUCAAAUUUCCGCUAAUGCUGUAGCACUGCAGCACUUUCCCUUCCUGCCAACCUAAACUGUAGGCCUACUUUAAUGUACUACUUUAUGCAACGUGUGAUACAAAAUAUUGUAUAUAUUUUGUAUCACAAAAUAUAUACAAUAUUCUGUAUUUGUAAGACGUGUGAUAGAAAAUAUUGUAUAUAUUUUGUAUCACACGUCUUACAAAUACAGUUUUGUUUUUAAUAUAUUUUUUUCAUAAAUGAUCAGUUAUCCAAACAACCCCAGUCCCAAAUUGUUUCAAAUAAUUGAUGUCCUACUGUAAUUUUUUUCUAUUUUUUUCCAUUAGCUUUUAGUAAAGUGUUUGAUUUUUGAGUAGAAAACCAGAAGGAGGUCAUUAAAUAUGAGCAAAAAUGCUAGUUUAAUGUUAAAUAAACAUUUAUGCUGCUGUGUAAUGUUGUGUGUGGUUGGUUGAGUGAUAUACUGAAGUCGUCAUUUUAUGAAUUAAAGAAGAUAAAGUUCCAAAAGGAGUGGAAAAUAAAAAAGAAAAAGAUGUACUGUACUUAAAAUUAGUAAUUAUGUUAGUUUAUUAGUAAUUUGAAGUUAAGUGUAUUAGAUAUUGUUGCCAUUUAUUAUAAAUUGUCAAAAUUUUGUUUAACAUAAUUCUAUGGCUAAUAUAGCAAGCUGAACUAUUUACAAUAACUACAUUAUAUUUUAUUAGUUUUUAAUUAUAUUUAGUUUAAUUUUUGAUCAGUGGAACUUAAAAAUGAAUUAAAGAUUUGAUUUAUCAAGUUUAUUUACAACAUUAAAAA